GUUAAAUGUUGCUGCUCGCUUUUAGUUAGUCACUGGACGAGUGCGUGCUUCGGGUGUUUCGUCAGUACCUUUACUUUGCUGUUUCUGGUCGUGUCGAUGCUUUGUUGUAUUCGUCGUAUUUGUUUACUAACGAGCACGAGUCCCGCGUGGCUGUUCUCUAACUGAUCUGUUACAUUGUUACUUUUUGCUGCGAGUUACUUCCGCAUUUUAACAGGAGUUGGUGGAAGCGCCAGCAGGGUUUUCUCAGCGCAGCUGUGUGACACACGUCUCCAGACAUGGCGGUGUUCGACAACUGCUCGGUGCUGUUCGAGCUCAGAGGUUUGUCGUUCAAGGAGAAGAAGACGGUGAAAUCAGCCGUCACAGGUCACGGAGGCAGCCUUUCGUUUGUGGUCAACAAACAGUGCUCUUUGGUAGUGACAACCGAUGUAUCCAACCUAAGCUCCAACAGGCUGCGUAGCAUUCAGAAACACCACACACCUGUGGUCGGGGUGGAUUACGUGUACAGGUGUGUGGAGAGAGGAGUUCUCCUGCAGGUAGAUGAAUACAAGCUGGACACGUCCUCUGCCUUAUCAGCUCCUCUUCAUCGCUCCUCCUUCAAGGCGGCUCCACUGGCUUCACUCGCACCUCAGCAGAUAGGGUCAAAAGGCCGGGCCCAACCUGUGGAGUGUGUCAGUGGGACUCAGAGGGCAGAGAGUCCUGAGAGGAGUGGGAAUGUGCUGGACAGGUUCAGAAUUUAUAGAGACACUGAUUCGGAUCUUCCAUCAGACCAAAGUGACUUUCAAGUGGCAAAGUAUUCAAUCUUUGAAAAGGUAAACAGCAACAGUUGGUGUGUGCUGGAGCUGCAGAGCUUCAAAGGGGAGGAGGGGCGGCAGUACCGUGUGGUCAGAUACUGGAAGGAUGAUAUACUCUGUGAGAAGAAGGCCGUGAGGGACAAGCUGGUGUUUUUGUCCACCUCAGAGGAAGCUCUGGAGGUGUUCCAGGCCCUGAGAGACAGCCUGGAGGCUUCAGGUCUCCGGAGGCAGAGCAGGUUUCCUCCUUCUGCCCGUGAGAUGGGCUCUGCGCCCCUGCAGCAGCUGCUCCUGGAAGAGAAGCUCAACACAGGAAGCUUAUCACAGGAAGUGGGUGUGUUUGUGGAGCUGCUGUGGACCGAGGCGCUGGGCUGCCUCGACAACAUCCUCAGAGUUUCAGUGGACAAGCUCAGCCUGAAUGAUGUGAGCAGGGCAGAGGGCUUGUUGCUUCAGGCUCAGAAGAAGCUGACAGAGGGAAACCACACUGAGCUGAUGAGUCUCCUGGAGGACGUCUACACUCUGCUGCCACACAGACAACCCUCCAUAUUUCCCAGCACCAAGCUCAUCUCGCAGAAACUGGACCUCUGUCAGUUAAUCCGAGAUGUUCUGAAUGCAAGUGAGAUGACUCUGAGGAGCCCCGCCCCUUCCACUGUGGGGAAGUAUCGCGCUCUGAGGUGCAGCGUUGAGACGGUUCCCCCCAGUAGCUCCGAGUUUCAGGCUGUGACCGAUCUCCUGCAGGACAGCAGGGUGCAGAUCCAGCAGAUUGUGCGUGUCGGCCGAGGGGUGGAGCUUCAGACCUUUAAGAGCGAGCUGGGGAAUGUUAAGCCACUCCUCCAUUCCUCCAGUCCCAACAACUUUGUGGGAAUCCUGUCUCGUGGCCUGCUGCUGCCCCGCGUGGGAGUCGAGCACCACGGCAUAGAAAGAACCGACGUCGGCAAACUGGGCGGUGGGAUCUACUUUAGUGAUUCCCUGAGCACCAGUCUGAAAUACUCCAAGCCCGGCGUGACGGAUGGCUCCCGGUUGUUGUUGGUGUGUGACGUUGCGUUGGGACGUUGCAGGCAGGUCUACAGGACGGACGUCCUGCUGAAGCAGGCUCCCGACGGAUACGACAGCGUGCGCGGAGUCCGCCGCGCUCCAAACACUCCCUCUGAGUUUGAGGAUGAUGAGUAUGUGGUAUACAGUCCUGAUCAGGUGAAACUCAAGUAUGUGGUUCAGUUCAGCAUCCAAGGAGACCAGCUAAAGGCCUUCACUCCUGCCGUGGACAUGUCACCUGAGCUCUGUCUUCCUUGUUCUGCUGAAGAGCUCAGUUUAGGCGAAGAUAUGUUUGAAAGCAGUAAAAACCCCUUGGAAGAGGUGACCGCCGGACUGUUGGACAGCGCUGGUCAGCAGCUCCCUCUGCAGGCCGUUCAUGUGAAGUGUAAACUGAUGGAUCUGCUUUCACAGGUCAUCAUCUUCCAGAAAUACACAAAUCUGAGCUCAGUGCCCAUUGAGGCAAAGUAUGUUUUCCCUCUAGAUGAUUCAGCUGCAGUGUGUGGGUUUGAAGCUUUCAUCAACGGGAAGCAUGUCGUGGGACAGGUGAAGGAGAAAGAAAAAGCUCGCAAGGAGUACAAGCAGGCUAUUGAGAAAGGACAUGGAGCUUAUCUCAUGGACCAGGAUGCACCUGAUGUGUUCACCAUCAGUGUGGGUAACCUGCCCCCUGGUGCAACUGUCCUCAUCAAAGUGACCUUUGUCUCCGAGCUGAUCGUCAGGGACGGCACAAUUCUCUUCUCCCUGCCCGGCAGCGUGGCUCCGUGGCAGGAGAGUGCAGCCCUCAACCAGACCACACAGGUCAGUGUGGAGAAGGUGUGUGUAACUGAUGAAGCUGCGAGUGUGAGAGAGUUCACCUUGGACCUGUCAGCUGAAAUGCCCUAUGAGAUCUCCAGCCUGCAAUGUAUCACUCACCAAAUCAAGAUGAAGAAAACCGACUGUAAGGCAGUGGUGAGCGUGCUGCCAGGACAGAUCAUGGGUCCAGAUGGAUUCCAGCUGUCCAUCAUGCUGUCUGACGUCCACCUGCCCAGGAUGUGGGUGGAGAAACACCCUGACAAGGACAGCCAGGCCUGCAUGUUGGUUUUCUAUCCAGACUUUGAGGUCAGCUCCAGUUCAGACGCAGAUGAAAUCAUCCUGCUGUUGGACACAUCCGAGUCCAUGAAGGGAGAGUCUCUCCGCUCGGCCCGCAGAAUCGCCCUGCAGAUUCUCAAAAGCCUGGAUCGCAGCCUGAGACUCAAUGUGGUUUUGUUUGGAACAGAUCACACAGAAGCUUUCCUAACAGUGACGCCACUUGGUGAAGUUUAUGAAGAAGCCCAGAGAUUCAUCAAGCACUCCGCCCCAUUAGGGGGAGGCACUGAGCUGUGGCGCCCCCUGCGAGCGCUCAGCCUGCUGCCUCCAUCGCGCGGCAUCAGGAACCUGCUGCUGCUGUCGGACGGCCACAUCCAGAACACCGAGCUCACCUUGAAGCUGCUCAGAGACGAUGCUCAGCACAGUCGCCUCUUCACCUGUGGCCUCAGCACGAUGGCCAACCAACACAUGCUGAGAGCCCUGGCUCAAGCAGGGGGCGGAGCCUAUGAGUUCUUCGACACAAAAACCAAACACAACUGGGCAGAGAAGGUGGCCUGUCAGCUGAAGCGUAUGGCAUCUCCUGGCUGCAGUUCAGUGUCUGUCAAGUGGCAGCAGUUCAGCCCAACAAGUCCACCUCUGCAGGCUCCCAAGCAGCUGCAUGCUCUGUUCAAUGACUGUCACACUCUGGUUUAUGGCUUUGUGCCACACUGUACUCAGGCGACUCUCCUGGGAAAUCUGAGUGGUCAGGAGCUCAAAACAAUGGUGUCAACCAGCGAGCUGCAGAAAACAAAGGGCACAUUUCUUCACAAGCUCACCGCGAGGGCCGUCAUCAGGGAUUAUGAAGACGGGAACCUGGACACCAGUGAGGCUGAACACGAGGGUAAGAAAGCAGAGUUGAAGUCCUUCAUCAUCGAGUUAAGCAAAGAGUUUUCCAUCCUGUCUCAGUUUACCAGCUUCGUGGCCAUUGAGGAACGGGACUCAGAGCAACCACAGCCUGGUUUUACAGACAUCCCCAAGCUGAUUGCAGAGGAAGAUGUGGACUUCCUUCCCUACAUUAACUGGAUUUCUCCCGAGGAUGAUGAAGACCUAAUAGAGGAAGAGUCUUCGGAGGAGGAGGAUUGUGUCUUUGGUUUGUUUGACACUUGUGGUUCCUUCACGAGUCCCGACUACUCUCCUCCAGCUCCACCUACUUCUUCUUUUAAGGAGCUUGCUUCAGACGAUGUUCCCCACCUUUCUUCUCCUGGACACCCGGCUCCCCCUCCGCCUCCUUCUUUUAUGAAGCCUGCUUUUAUGAAGCCUGCUUUUAUGAAGCUUGCUUCAGACGAUGUUCUCGACCUUUCUUCUCCUGGACACUCGGCUCCCCCUCCGCCUCCUUCUUUUAUGAAGCCUGCUUUUAUGAAGCCUGCUUUUAUGAAGCCUGCUUUUAUGAAGCUUGCUUCAGACGAUGUUCCCCACCUUUCUUCUCCUGGACACUCGGCUCCCCCUCCGCCUCCUCCUUUUAUGAAGCGUGCUUCAGACGAUGUUCCCCACCUUUCUUUUCUUGGACACUCGGCUCCACCUCCACGUUAUUUAUUUAUGAGGCCUGCUUCAGAGGGUGUUCCCCAUCUUUCUUUUUCUAGACCCCCACCUCCACCUUCUUUUAUGAGGCCUGCUUCAGACGAUGUUCCCCACCUUUCUUUUCUUAGACACUCGGCUCCACCUCCACGUGUUUCAGGACAUAUUCCACAAGGACCGUCCAGACCUUUUUCAUUUUGUGGUUACUCUCCUCGUAGUCAAUCCAUGGAUUCAUUUUCAUUUGGCAUUUCAUCAUCAUCAGACAGUCAGGCAGUGAAGGACAUCGAUAUUCCAAUUCCGAGCUGUAGCACUCAGAUUAGCAGGUCAUCACUCCACACUCAAGCUUACACUUCAGCGAUGAGUAAUCAGGUACAGAGUGCACUUGAUUCUGUGUCUGAUGAGGAAGAACAGAGUUCAUCUGAGUAUGUUGAAGGCGUUUCUUACAGGGCCUGUAAAAAGCCUGUAAAAUACAAAGACGGAGCAGCAGCCAGCCGUCUGUCUUUCCUCCCAGAUUCUUGUAGUUCUUUCUUUAAAGUCAGAGAACAACUUCGUGAGACGUCAGCUCCAGCGGAUUUAGAGCACCAAGCAAAACCUCACCUCCCAAUAUAUGGUCAGGUAGGGAAAAGAGCCGAGUUUAAGAGUAAAGUCUUUCCUGAGAAGUCCUAUUUGCCUCCCAAAUUUUGCGGCCCCAGCAUAUAUGGGAGUCCUAACAUUGCUCCUGCAGCAGUACCGUCUCAGAUGGUUGUUGAAUCUGAUGAAACAGCUCCUCUGUUUGUUGCACAGACUGCCAGAGACAGAGAGCCGUCUUUUGGGUCAGCUAAGUUUACUACCAGUGGCUUUCACUUAGGUAGGUUCGGUAGCUCAAGCUCCACCUAUGGUGGUGCUCCGGGAUCUACAGUGGUUCCUGUGACGUCAGCUCCAUCAGAUUUAGAGCACCAACCAAAACCUGACUUGUGCUUAUCAUCAUUAAGCUGUUAUUUACCUCCCACCCGUUCCGACAAUGAUGUUCCUGUAGGCCCUGCAGGGGCUCCUGAGAAGGCCGCUCGGCUUCAUCUCAGAGGAAUGGCUCCCUCUUAUCGUUCACGCAAAGUUACGAGUGCAUCACAACCUCACCAUGAACUUGAAGCUCAGAGCAAUGUUCGACAAAGAACGCCCAUCAUAGCUUUCGUCGCUGGCCAUCAGGAUCUCCCGACUAACCCUGUCCUGCGUCAUCGGUCAGCUGUGCUGAAUGCAGCAGAAUCUCCUGAAGCGCUGAAGCUCAAAUGGAUGAAGAUCUUCCAGAUGCAACAUUCAGAAGGGUACUGGGAACUAACCACAGAGCUGGGGGAACUACUUAAUGUCAACGUGGACCUGUUUGCCAACGUGUUCCUGAAGAACAAAGGCAUCCAUUCUCUCGGCGUGACAGCCCACAAAGAUAUCCUGAGGCUGGUGGCGACUCUUCUGGUUCUGCAGCUGAUGAAAGCGAACAAACUGGAAGAAGGCAAACUGCUCCGCACCCUGUUCUGUCUGGAAGAAGCUUCUCAGUCCAGGCCUGAACGAUGGGAGCAGGUGAAGAAGGCGGUGGACUGGGUUUGCUGGGCUGACCGACAGUACCCCUGUGUCUAUUGUCGGCUAGAGUUUGGUUUGAGCUGGGAGUCCGCCACCCGUCAGCUACUGGGUUAUGAAAGCCUCCCUCCCUUCUCGCCUCUCUGUGGUCUUGAUCUACAGAGGACAACGGCCCCAGUACUGGUCCAGUGAGAAGAUGCUGUGGACACCGUGUAGCCUUUCAGAGGGGAUUACAGUAGCUUUAGAUAUGCUUGUAGAUGAAUAUGCAUGUAUUCCUUUGCCUUUUAAGAAGAAUUUCGUACUCUGUGUGUUUAUACAUGUAUGGAUAAUCUCAAAUGUCCUCUGCUGUAAUCUAAUUUCUCAAAUGUUACAAAUACAGGCCAUUUACACGGAGCAUUUACUGCACAUAGAGCAGUUGUUUUGUCAUCUGUGAAGUUUGCCCGAAAAGCAAACUGGUGUUUGAUCCAGGUCAGGUGGUAAAAUGUACCUAAUUUGAGACACAAGUUGUUAUUUUUUUUAUUGCAUAACACAGUAUCCAUUUUUUAAAACACUUCAUAGCUGUUGGUGUUGGUGGCAGCAGUUGUUGUUUUGUGCAGUGGGAUAAUGGUGGAGGGUAAAUACCUCUGAUGCUGGAGGACCGAUGUUGACUCUCCAGUGAUUGGGUAGCAGAAUGUAGAGUCUCCCCUGGUUACGGGCAUCAGCCAGGUUUGUGUCCUUUGUGUUUGAUGCACAUUGUAACGUGAUUUUAUAGUCAGUCAGUGACUUGAUACUUCUUUACAUGUAACAAAGGUUGUUGUUAAUAAAUUGCUACUGUGACCUGUUUGUGCCGGUGCUUUACCUUGCUGCCUUUUACAGCUGCUGCCGUGUUAAGUUGUUUGCUGAGGGAGGCUGAAGAAAUUGAAUACAUGCAAAGGGUGCCAGGUUUGAGGGUCUCGGGAUCUUAUCACUGCUUUUUGAAGAUGAAGUGGUUUUCUUAGGUUCACCAAGCUAUCACAUCCGGCUGACACCAAGAUGGUCAUAGUAAGGAGCUCAGUCAUUUAGGUGAGAGAGGUGUUGACUGGCAUGAAAACCAUCACUAUGUUCAGGAUGUCCCAUCUGUGCUGAGAACAGAGGCAAUGAGUUGAAUGUGUUUUUCAACAGAUUGAAAUGCUCACCUCCCUCCUGAUUUACCCGUAGUCGUCCUUCAGUCCAUGCCACUCUCUCUCCACUUUGCACCUCAGGCUACGUCUACACUAAUCCGGAUAAAUCUGAAACACUCCGCGUCCACACUAUCAUUUUCAAAGAGUUGUGCAUCCACACUGAAGCGACCUAAAAUGCUUACAUUCCAGUCCAGCGCAUGCAUGUAAAGUAAGAAGAUUCGACCCGCCUCAUUUCUGUCUGCCGUUUAUUUUCUUUCCGGCUCUUUGAAAAU